UCACCUUCAGCCAUCUUAGCCAUGUUGGGUGCUGUGGGACGCUGCUGCAGCGAAGCUGUGCAGGUUUUAAAGCCUGGAAUCAACUCUCUGAAGACACUCAGUGGGAGACAUGCGGCUCUUUAUACGAGCCGGGGUUAUGCCACCCCAGCUGCUCAGGCGGCACUGGCCAAUGGCCGCAUCGUGGCUGUGAUCGGUGCUGUGGUGGACGUCCAGUUCGAUGAAGGACUGCCUCCCAUUCUCAAUGCCCUGGAGGUGCUCGGCCGCGACAGCAGGCUGGUGCUGGAGGUGGCGCAGCACCUGGGUGAAAACACCGUUAGGACGAUUGCCAUGGAUGGUACAGAGGGUCUGGUCCGUGGUCAGAAGGUUCUGGACACUGGAGCCCCCAUCAGGAUUCCUGUCGGCCCUGAGACCCUGGGCAGGAUCAUGAAUGUCAUUGGAGAGCCCAUUGACGAGAGGGGUCCAAUUAGUACAAAACAGACUGCUCCUAUUCACGCUGAAGCCCCGGAGUUCACCGACAUGAGUGUGGAGCAGGAGAUCCUGGUGACUGGCAUCAAAGUGGUGGAUCUGCUGGCACCCUACGCCAAGGGUGGAAAGAUCGGUCUGUUUGGUGGUGCCGGUGUUGGCAAAACUGUGUUGAUUAUGGAGCUGAUCAACAACGUGGCCAAGGCUCAUGGUGGUUACUCCGUGUUCGCCGGGGUGGGGGAGAGAACCCGUGAGGGAAAUGACUUGUACCACGAGAUGAUCGAGUCUGGAGUCAUUAACCUGAAGGACACCACCUCAAAGGUGGCGCUGGUGUACGGUCAGAUGAACGAACCUCCAGGUGCUCGUGCCAGAGUUGCUCUGACUGGUCUGACUGUUGCUGAAUACUUCAGAGAUCAGGAGGGACAGGACGUGCUUCUGUUUAUCGACAACAUCUUUAGGUUCACCCAGGCUGGAUCAGAGGUGUCUGCCCUGUUGGGUCGUAUCCCCUCUGCUGUGGGUUAUCAGCCGACCUUGGCCACUGACAUGGGUACAAUGCAGGAGAGAAUCACUACCACCAAGAAGGGCUCCAUCACCUCAGUACAGGCUAUCUACGUGCCUGCUGAUGAUUUGACUGACCCUGCUCCUGCCACAACUUUCGCUCACUUGGAUGCAACAACUGUGCUGUCCCGUGCUAUUGCUGAGCUCGGUAUCUACCCGGCUGUGGAUCCUCUGGAUUCCACCUCCCGCAUCAUGGACCCCAACAUUGUUGGCUCUGAACACUACGAUGUUGCUCGUGGCGUGCAGAAGAUCCUUCAGGACUACAAGUCAUUGCAGGACAUCAUUGCUAUCCUAGGUAUGGAUGAAUUGUCUGAGGAAGACAAGCUGACUGUAGCUCGUGCUCGCAAGAUCCAGCGUUUCCUGUCUCAGCCCUUCCAGGUAGCAGAAGUCUUCACAGGCCACAUGGGCAAGUUGGUCCCUCUCAAGGAAACAAUCAAAGGCUUCCAGAGCAUCCUUGGAGGUGAAUAUGAUGCUUUGCCAGAGCAGGCCUUCUACAUGGUGGGUCCCAUUGAAGAAGUCGUCCAAAAGGCUGAGAAGCUGGCAGAGGAACAUUCUUAAAUCAUUUGUCUGUAGCCUUGGAAGGUUUUAUGAGAUAAACAUUUGUACAGUAUUACUUGUAUUUGAGGAACUUCUAACAUGUCUGAGUAUGCGUGUUGUGGUUCGAAGCCAAAGAUGAUAUUAAAAAUUACAUUGUGAUAUAUAA